CCCCAGGAAACCCCAGGGGUUAGGGCUGUGUGAUUCAGAAGUGGGGUCUCAACCAACACACAAGGCUUUUAAAAAGAAACCUUAGAGGUGCAGUGGAGUCUUUCAGAUCGUAAGGAAUGAAGGCGGCAGCGAUUCAGCAUUUGCGUUCGGUAUUUCUUUUCACCUCCCCACUACUGGACUAGGAGGGAGAUUUUUGUAGGGCAGAGGUGUUUUUUUCUUCCGUGUAGCUUGCAGAGUGACAGCUUUUAGGAGGUAGCUUCUUUGGUAAGAAAAGCUGCUACGAAGGAAGAAUUUGUCAAACCAUGUCUGUCUGUGUCCUCUCUCUUUUCUAUUUUCAGAGUGGUUCACAACAAAUCUGAGGGCUUUAAAGAAUGGAAUGUACACAACCACAGAAAAACUUCAGCUAGUGAUCAAAUCUCAUCUAAAACUCAACAGAUAUCUUCAGCAUCAUUUUUGAUAACUACAUACUGCUGAAUGUUCAUUUGGUGAAACUGAAGUUCUUUCAGAAGAAAUAAAUCAAGAAGCUGCUGUGGAUGGCCCUGGAUCUCUUGACUACCCUUCCCAGUAAGAUGUCACUGAGGUCCCUUAAAUGGAGCCUCUUGCUGCUGUCACUCCUGAGCUUCCUGGUGAUGUGGUACCUCAGCCUUCCCCAUUACAAUGUGAUCGAGCGUGUGAACUUGAUGUACUUCUAUGAGUAUGAGCCAGUUUACAGACAAGACUUUCGCUUCACACUUCGAGAGCAUUCAAACUGCUCUCAUCAAAACCCAUUUCUGGUCAUCCUUGUGACUUCGCAUCCCUCAGAUGUGAAAGCGAGACAGGCCAUUAGAGUUACUUGGGGUGAGAAAAAGUCUUGGUGGGGAUAUGAAGUUCUUACAUUUUUCUUAUUAGGCCAACAGUCUGAAAGGGAAGACAAAAUGUUAACGCUGUCCUUAGAGGAUGAGCACCUUCUCUAUGGUGACAUAAUACGACAAGAUUUUCUAGACACAUAUAAUAACCUGACCUUAAAAACCAUUAUGGCAUUCAGGUGGGUAACUGAGUUUUGCCCCAAUGCCAGGUACGUCAUGAAGACAGACACUGAUGUUUUUGUCAAUACUGGUAAUUUAGUGAAGUAUCUUUUAAACUUAAACCACUCAGAGAAGUUUUUCACAGGUUAUCCUCUAAUUGAUAAUUAUUCCUACAGAGGAUUUUACCAAAAACCUCAUAUUUCAUAUCAGGAGUAUCCUUUCAAGGUGUUCCCUCCCUACUGCAGUGGGUUGGGGUAUAUAAUGUCCAGAGAUUUGGUGCCAAGGAUCUAUGAAAUGAUGAGUCACGUAAAACCCAUCAAGUUUGAAGAUGUUUAUGUUGGGAUCUGUUUGAAUUUGUUAAAAGUGGACAUUCAUAUUCCAGAAGAUACCAACCUUUUCUUUUUGUAUAGAAUCCAUUUGGAUGUCUGUCAGCUCAGACGUGUGAUUGCAGCCCAUGGAUUUUCUUCUAAGGAAAUCAUCACAUUUUGGCAGGUUAUGCUAAGAAACACCACAUGCCAUUAUUAACUUCACACUCUACCAAAAGCCUAGUGAAGGGGAGCCUACUUUGUGGAGAGUGCUGUAGAAAACUCUUGGAAAGGUCAGUGUGCUGGCUCACACUGAUGUGCAACUCAAUGGAGAUUGGAGGGGUAUGCUGUACUUGUGAUUUAUUUUGAUAAAAUUCAAGUGAGGUCUUUUAAGAUGGUAUUUGGCAGAAUUAAACAUCUUACAAAGGAGUCAGAGGUGUUUGCUCAUAAAAUUAAUGGGACCAAACAAUUUGAACAUGUCAUUCUAUAUAUUAGGACUUCUUAAAAGGGUUUCCCUGAGUUAUAAGCUCAUUAAUGUAUAACAACAAAGCAUUGUGGAGUUCAAUUUAUUGAACAGUCUAGGAGUUUAGUGUGUAUCUUACAUGGAUUAUCAGUUUUUAAAAAGUAUGUAGUUCUGUGUAAAGAAACUUCACUGAAAUUAUACUGAACAACUUUCAUCUGUUUUCAGUCAUUCAGAAGAUAUUUCAUGAUGUUGCAAUAUUUCAGAGUUAUCAAUUAUUAUUUAAUAUUACUUCAGACUUUCUGAAUGUUUAAAUGUUAUGGUGGUUUAAAUACUGUAUAAAUGGAAUAGUGAAUCACUUUUUACAUUUGAACUUUGUUCCAGUUACUUCACUGAUCAUUUUAUUAUUGAUACCCCAUUAAUGUGAAGCCAUAGGUCAUUAUUGAGUACUAAUCUCUUGAACUUGUUACAUAUUUUGCUGUAAUAAUACAAAGAAGAACUAAAGCAAGAAAAUCUGAGUUAUUGUCAUCUUGUUUUUAAAAACAUAGUCCCCAGUGCUUUUAGAUGUCAUUCAUCUGUUUUGUUUUUCCUCUUGAAACUCAGGAGUCAUAUAGAAUGCCAGGCAGUAUAUUUCCUUUUGGAAAAGACUUUGAAAGCACAAAAGAAGGGCAAGAACCUGACAGCCAGGAAUUUAUGAAAAGUGUAUUCCAGAGUUUGAUUUGGAAAAACUGAAUAUCCAAGUUGCAUUGUUAAUCUUCCCUGUGUAUUUCCUCAUUAACAGUUUAAUUGUGAAUAAAAAGGAAAAAAGACAAAGAA